UAGAACGUUGUCAUUGUGAGGCUGACAGUUUUGACUUAUUGUUUAUUUUGUGCAUUUUAUUUUUGAUUAUUUUUAAUAUAUCCUCAGUAAAAAUAAGUGAAAAUGCUUGAUUCUGUAAAACGUGUAAUAUUAGUUCUUUCUGGUAAGGGAGGUGUCGGAAAAUCCACAGUUAGCACACAAUUGGCGCUAACUUUAAAAGAAAGAGGUUAUAAGGUUGGAUUAUUGGACAUAGAUUUGUGUGGGCCUAGUGUCCCUUACUUACUGAAUUUGGAGAACCAAAAUGUACACCAGGGUCCAGAAGGAUGGAUUCCAGUGUAUCUAGACAACGAACAGAGGCUCGGUGUGAUGUCUAUAGGCUUCUUGCUGAGCUCCCGAAACGAUGCCGUGGUUUGGAGAGGACCUAAGAAGACAUCAAUGAUAAAACAGUUCUUAGAAGAUGUUUGCUGGCAAGAACUCGAUUUUCUUGUUAUAGAUACUCCUCCAGGAACUUCAGAUGAGCACAUCACCGUGAUGGAGAAUCUCCGUCAAGUGCCACAAUGUGGUGCUAUAAUAGUGACUACACCACAGGAAGUUGCCAUAGAGGAUGUGCGCAAGGAGAUCACAUUCUGCAAAAAGACUGGCAUACCUAUCCUUGGCAUUAUUGAAAACAUGAGCGGAUACGAGUGUCCAAACUGCAGUGAAUGCACAAACAUCUUCUCGAGUGGUGGGGGGAAGUCAUUAGCAGAUAUUGCCAAAAUACCGUUCAUGGGCAGUGUGCCCAUAGACCCCAGGGUUGGGAAACUGGCAGGGAAAGGUUUAGCAGCCAUCAAAGAACUUCCAGACUCCACAACUAGUAAGGUGUUCAGUGAAUUAGUGAACCAAUUAGCUCCUGACAGCCUGUGAGGUUGUUUAAAAAAAAUCUGUAACUAAAUCAUGGGCAUAUUUAUUUAUAAGUCUAUCAAUGAGUUGUAACACUCAAAAUUACUGACACUUCAAUAUUAUUGUGAUAUUCAAUAUUAUAUGAUUUCGAUAAAUUACUAUAUGUAUCCAUUUGUACUAUACUUUCUUACUUGGUUUUAUGGAAAAAAAUAUAUAUUAAUUCAUAAUAUGUAAAGUUUUAAUAUAUAUUAAUACUUUACAUAUUACUUCGAUCUGGCCUGUAUUCUUUGUAUUCUAACUAUAUGCCAAAUAUGUAUGUAUAACGAAACUGAUUGUAAAAUAAGAUAAAAACAUUCAUGCCAAAAUGGUGUCCUCAAAGAGAUAAGCAGAUUACUAUACACCGCAUUGAAUUUUAAAUAUUUUAAAACUGCUCAUUAUCAAGCAAUUUAGUUUUAAGCAAAAAUGUUAUAUACUAUCAUUCCGUUGAUUUUGAUGUAAAUAAAUAAAAAACAUCUUGUUAA